UAUUGUUCCAUUAACAUUUCACAAACUUGUAAUUAAUAAUUACAAAAAUAAAUAAGUCUGUUCUAAUUAAUAUUAAAAUAUAUUUCUACUUGUUCGUUUGCGUGUGUAUUUUCUAUUACAUCCUAAUAUAUCUUAUAUAAUCUAUCAAAUUUUUUAUUUCAUAUUCCAUGAAACAAUGAAAUUCAAUUAUAUUUAUUAAAAAGGGAGAAUACAAAGUGACCAAGCAGGUAAAUAAUGUAAAAUCCAUUUGCAAUCCCUGGAAGAUUAAUUUCAAAACAUUUAAAAGAAAGAAUACAAUGAUUAUCAAAUAGUUAAGUCAUGUAGUGCAUUAAUUACAUAUACAUUAUAUUUUUUAAAUUAUUUUGCUCAUAUUGCAUAUUUAUUUAGAUCUGAAUAUGCUAUUUUUAAUAACUUUACACCAUCAUUUUUUAUUGUUUUGUUCCUGUUCCCUUCUGCUUUAUUUUUAAUUAUAUUUUUACUUGAACCUUUUUGAACAGUUUUCAGUUUCGAGCUCAAGAGUCAAACUUCGAGCUGUGGAUAUAAGAAAUAUGCAACACAAAUCAGGAGCAAAUAAACUAUCAGUGCAGUUUUCAUGACAUGAUUACAAAUCAAUAAAUACAGCUUGUCAAUUUUUGCCUCUGGGACUCAAAGCCAUUUAUUUCCUGCUGUCUCUCUCUCUUUUUUUUCAACCAACACACACACACACACCAUUUGUAGCCCUCCCACUGACAAAUGCUGCUCCAAGUCAGCCGGUGGAAUAAAGUCUCACUUCUCGCCUGCUCUGCUCCCAACGAUGCGUUCUUCUCUCUACCUCCUGGCUUUCCUCUACCUGCGCUCCAGGGCAUCAGCUGAGUGGUGUUACCAGAGCCAGACCUGUGAUGACCCAUGCAAAGAACCAAGCCGCUGGGCAGCUCUGUUUCCCAGAUGUGGAGGUUUAAGCCAGUCGCCAAUUAACAUCGUGACCAAUAAAGUUCAUUUCAGCAGCGCUCUUCCUCCCUUCAGCUUUAUCGGACACACCGACUUAAUCAACAUCACAGUAGAGAACAAGGGCCACUUUGCUCACUUUGCUUUACCACAGUCAGUGCGGCUGACCGGAGGAGCUCUGCCGGGUCACUACAGAGCGGCCCAGUUUCACUUCCACUGGGGAGGGAGUGGGACGAAGGGAUCAGAGCACACCAUUGAUGGAGAAAGAUUUCCAAUGGAGUUGCACAUAGUCCAUAUUAAAGAACCUUACAGCUCUCUGGAGGAAGCAGAACACGAUAUGGCGGGUAUCGCUCUGCUCGCCCUCUUCUUUGAGGAAACAGCAGAUGAUCAUCCUCAUCUAGAUACAAUAAUUGCUGCUCUGGGUCAAGUACAAAACAAUGGCAGCAACACAGUGAUUCCAAACUUUAGACUGAGUAAUAUCAUCCCGGCAGCCGCCGAGCUUCACAGUUACUACCGCUAUGUGGGCUCCAUGACAACUCCAGGAUGUGAGCAGGCGGUUGCAUGGACAGUGUUUCAUAGGAUGCUGUCAAUCAGCAGUCGACAGCUGGAUGCUAUAGUAAAACAGUGCAGAUUUUGGACAGGACAGCCCAUGACAAACAUCUUCAGACCCACGCAGCCUCUGGAUGGCAGAGUCGUUUACAGCUCCAAGUCAGGCGCAGCUCAGAAGAGGGCGAACCAAAUGUGGUUUGUCGUCCUCUCAGCUCUGUUCAUGCCAAUGAUCCUGAUACAUAUUAUUUAGAACAUAUAAUCACAUAAUAGAAAAAUCAAUUUGUUUCAAAUUACACAGCCUCCAAUAGAUUUUAUGUCAUGAUUCCUAUGACAAGUUUUCCUGUUACUCUUGAAGAAAACAAUUCAUGAUUGUGCCACCAUCUUCCAGCAAAGAUAUGGUGUAUGUUCGGUGUUUUUAUUUUUAAAUAAAAGAAUCGCCAUUUUAUUUCUAUUUUUAGAUUUUAAAAUAAAGACGAACAUUAAACUUGUACCAAAAGAAAGAGUAUGUUUAUAUUGUCUUCAAUAAAAUAAAACAUAUUUAUGCAAAAUCACAUAAACAAAUAGAGUUCAAUGCUGCAUGUCUUUCAGAAAAAAACAGUAUCAGAAAUUUUCAGGUGUAUAAUUUCAAGCCUGCCAUAUGUGCAAUAGGAGUCAACUUUUUAACAAUAAUUCAGAAUUAUUUUGGUUGGAUCAUGGAUCUUAAAUUAUAAUCAAUAUCCCAUAAUAAUUAUAUUAGACGAUUGAACCAAAUGGGAAUCAAAACAAAAGUAAAAGGAAAAAGGUUCUCACCCAGAGUUUUCAUAAAAUGACACAAAAUCUAAGUCUAAAAAAUGCUGGAGAUAGGGACAAGAUCAUACAGCCUUGCAAAAGGUGGACAUGCAGGUAGAUCAAAAAUAAAUUUAAUUAAGUUUUGUUUCUUUACUUUUUAUCUCCAUAAUACCACGGUGUUUCAGUCAGGGCCUUCAUAGACGUUACCAACCUGAACAAUACACACAUUGUGCAGGACAAUGCAAAAACUAUGCACCACACUAACCCACAGGCAUCCAAUAAUAUGCAAAUAAAUAAAAAUACGCCAAGUAAACCAUCAAUGCAUAUAUCAAGCAAUAUAUCAACAUAUAUUUUAACAAAAUAGACAGGCGACAGCGCACAUAAUUGAACAGCCAAUAAUUCAGCAAAACUUUUCUUUGUUCCCCAGUUAAGGCCAAGCUCAACCUCAAUCCAAACUGCUCAAAUCGCACAUGUGAACAAAUAAAAGAAAAUAUAUUCAGUAAAGUCUGAAUGAGAAUGUGAUAGAAAAGUUACACUCACCCAUUAUUUGUAAAUAAAAUCCACAGGUUGUUGUGCUAAGUGCUAGCUGUUAGCCACUCAUAGUUACAGUCCUUAAAAUGCCUUACAAAGUUCUUACUGGUUUGUUUUAGUGAAUCCAGGUUUGGUGUGGGUUUUCCAUUUUUAGUUAUUUAUUUUUUUAUCCGUUUAAGAGCGUCUCGAAAAAGGAGAUUUUAACAAGUUAGCACCUAGGACCUAGGUUAACCGGAGUUGAAGCGAAAGCGGCCGCCAUUUUGUAAAUUAUGACUCAACAUUCUGAGUCCCACCGUCUGUUCUGUCUGUAGGAGCCAUUUAUCUUUUCCUGUGUUCAUCGCUACCAGGGACCGUAUUUCGUUUUGAGUU